ACUUAUGCAUGAUUGUACUCGAAUCUUUUUUCUUCUAUAAAAUGAUUUGCUUUUUCAUAUUCGUAGUAAAUCAUCACUCCCAGUCUAUCUUCACCAAACAACAAUGGCCUUGUCAGAUCAAAGCCUCUUCCACUACAGUCUUCUAACUUUCUACCUCCUAGGACCCCUUACCUUCGUUGCCCUAAAGUUCUUUCAACUCCCAUACGGCAGGCACCACCGUCUAGGAUGGGGUUUCACAGUCUCUCCACCUUUGGCUUGGUUUCUCUUCGAAACCCCCUCCAUUUUGCUUCCUCUCCUCCUUUUUCCCUUAGGCCAACACUUCACCAAUCCCAAAGCUCUACUUCUCAUGUCCCCUUAUCUCCUCCACUAUUUCCACCGCACUUGCAUCUACCCACUCCGCAUUUACCACAGUACCACUCAACAGAAUACCAAAACCACAAGUGCUGUCUCGGCGAGUAUGGUCCUUCUUGCAUUUACGCUUCAAGUACUGAAUACUUACUUGCAGACUAGGUGGGUUUCUCACUAUAAACAUGAUUACAACAGUGAUGGAGGUUUGUUUUGGUGGAAGUUUUUCGGUGGGUUGGUGGUUUUUCUGUGGGGAAUGAGGAUUAAUAUGUGGGCCGAUACGGUGUUGUUGGGUUUGAAGAGGGAAGGUGGUGGAUAUAAGGUGCCAAGAGGAGGGUGGUUUGAGUUGGUUAGCUGUCCAAACUACUUUGGAGAAAUGGUGGAGUGGCUUGGUUGGGCGGUGAUGACCUGGUCUUGGGCUGGGUUUAGUUUUUUCCUCUUUACAUGUUCCAACUUGGUGCCCAGAGCAUGCGCCCAUCACAAAUGGUAUUUGAAGAAGUUUGGAGAGGAUUAUCCCAAUAAUAGAAAAGCAGUGAUCCCUUUCUUCAUUUAAUUUCUGAUAAAUUCGGUAGAACGAAGAUGUAAUUUAAAAUUCUUAAUAAACAAAAUUUUAUCA